AUGGAAGCUCGUAGCUUCCUGGGCCUCGUCUGGUAUGUCACAGCAUUUUUACCUUCGCUUAUUGAUCACACAGGUGUACUGACUGAACUUACAAUGAAAGACUCCGAAAAGAGCUUUCCAUCAUGGAUGCCCAAGUAUCAGACAGCAUUUGACACUGUCAAAGUGAUCAUAACAGGCCGUGAGUGCUUAACGACUAUUGAUUUUGCUGAAAUGCCAGACCACAAAAUCUUUGUAACCACCGAUGCAAGUGAUAAGUGCUCAGGCGGAGUACCUCCUUUGGGGAAACAUGGGAGACUGCCUGUCCUGUUGCUUUUGACUCCAUGA